UUCUUUUUCAUUUUUUCGAAUUGAAAUUUAUUUUUGAAUUACACUAACAACGAGGAUAAAUUCAGCAAUGAUGAGCAGUGCUAACAACACGUUAAUUUCUGUUUUGUACCACUGCUCAUGCAACGGAGCAACGCAAUCCCCCGGUGCUUUGGACACAGGUGUAAGAGUGAAUUCAGAGGGAGAGGAAGCUGUAGUUCCCAAAGCCAGCAGCAAUUCAGAGCUUGAGGCACAAUUGAAGCUGCCUCUACAACCAAACUCCGAGCUCUUAGUGUUGCGAGCAUCAGCAAUCGAGAACCUGUACUAUUGCGACGACUGUAGUGAGCUUCGGUGCAGCCGCUGUGUGAUCGAAGAGCCCGCUGGCUAUCACUGUCCGAACUGCCUGUUUGACGUGCCCACGGCCAGUGUUCGCUCUGAGAAAACUUGCCCUGUGUGCACCCAUAUGCUGUCUGUAGUUGAGAACGAUACAGAGACCAAGCCUUUCAGCUUUGCGUGCUCUGUGUUCGCGGUUUGGGCUGUCAUCAUCUUCUGGGCUGGCGGAAAUUCCGUCUCAACAGCAGUCAUACCUCCUUACCAGGCUGCCGGGUACAUGGAUACCGACCACACGCGAGUAUCCCAACGGAUGAAUAUUGAAAAUGUUGACACUGUACCUCCGCUAUCUGCAGAUUUGACUAGUAUUGAGCCGCAGCGGAUCAGGCUGCAUAUGAAGCUCGCUAGACGCUGCCGCUCCUGCCAUCACAUCCUGAUCAAACCCGAGAGCAAGGCACAGGCGACGCGCUUUAAAAUCCAGCUGAUGGCCGCCAACUUUUUACCGACAAUCACAUUGCCCAACAGGUUGUCUCCAAAAACCCUGUACUUGCCGCUGGUCCUGCGAUUUGCCAAUCCACUGUACUCAGAGAUGGGAGUGCUGUUGCUGCAUGCCCAUGUCGAGGUGGUGGCCCAGCAGUUUAUGUUGGCGCCAUUUACCGAGCUGUGGGAGUAUGACGAGGAUGAAGACGAGGAUAGUGACGGAAGCAGCAGCGGCGAACGCUCUGCCGGAAGACAGCGCGGUAUCGUUGAUCGUCAGGGAAACAGGGUGGCUAUUCAGCUCAAUCUCACGCCAAAGGCAAUCACAGAUAACCUGACUGUACCGCUCUUUGUCACUUGUACGCAUCAGGAUGACAUGGACAUGGACACCGAUGCUCCCGCAUCUGCGCCCGCUGGCGGCGACUCUUCGCGUCGCACUGUUACCAACAAGUUCUGGGUUUACAUAUCUUUAGGACCAACUGCGCAAUAACUAAACUCUAGCAAUUUUAAAACAUUGACCGCAUUGGCAACUAAUAAAAUUUUUGAUA